ACUCGCUCGGCCUCACUCAAAUAAAACAGGAUCCACUCGGACUACCAGGUACAAGGCAAAACCCCUCGGAGUCAUCAAGGAAAUUAAAAAGGUCAGGCCCUGCAAUGAGAUGCAGUUUCCUUUGGGCCACUAAAGAGCAAAAAGAACUACACAAUCCACUGAGGACGCAGUGUCCGUCUCCCACCCUGUCCAUUGCAGAGGUAGCAGUGACUCCUAGAAUACCACCCCCUUCCCAUCGCCAGCAUGUCUGCUGUUACCUCAGCAACCCCGGCCCCUCCUCAGGGAGUCAACCCCCCACCCCCGGAGGUGACCAAUCCCACCAAACCAGGUCGGAAAACCAACCAACUACAGUACAUGCAGAAUGUAAUGGUCAAGACGUUGUGGAAGCAUAACUUUGCCUGGCCCUUCUACGUGCCAGUCGAUGCCAUCAAAUUGGGACUUCCGGAUUACCAUAAGAUCAUAAAGCAACCUAUGGACAUGGGAACCAUCAAAAAGAGACUGGAGCAUAACUACUAUUGGAGUGCCAGUGAAUGCAUGCAGGACUUCAACACCAUGUUCACCAACUGUUACAUAUAUAACAAGCCAACAGAUGACAUUGUCCUGAUGGCACAGGCCUUGGAGAAGAUCUUCCUGCAGAAAGUUGCCAUGAUGCCCCAGGAGGAGGUGGAGCUUCUGCCUCCUACACCCAAACCCAAGAAAAGCAAAAGCAUAGGUGGUCUGGAUGGAAGUGAGUCACCACCGUCCUUCCCUGGCUCUACGACAUCUGUGAUUGGCUCUUCUACAAUGUCUACCAUCACCCCCAAAGUCCCAGCUGUGCAGUGCUCGCCCAAUGCUCCCAUGAUUCCCGUCGUCUCACCCUCACAACCUCUUGUCAAAAAGAAAGGGGUAAAGAGGAAAGCAGACACCACCACCCCCACGACAUCUGCAAUCACAGCCAGCCGGAGUGAAUCUCCCAGCCCCGUCUCAGAGGGCAAGCAGGGUAAAGUGAUGUCCAGAAGGGAGAGCACAGGCCGUCCGAUCAAAGCUCCCAAGAAAGACCUUGUGGAAGGGGAGUUGGGCCAGCAUGGCGGCAAGCGGAGCAGAAUGAGUGAGCAGCUCAAGUACUGCGACAGUAUCCUGAAGGAGAUGUUGUCAAAGAAACAUGCUGCGUAUGCCUGGCCCUUCUAUAAGCCUGUAGACGCUGAGGCUCUGGAGCUACAUGACUACCACGAGAUCAUAAAGCACCCCAUGGAUCUCAGCACUGUUAAAAAAAAGAUAGAUGGCCGGGAGUAUCCAGAUGCACAGAUGUUUGCAGCGGAUGUUCGAAUAAUGUUCUCAAAUUGUUACAAGUAUAACCCUCCAGAUCACGAGGUUGUUGCCAUGGCCAGAAAACUCCAGGAUGUGUUUGAGAUGCGUUUUGCUAAGAUGCCUGAUGAACCGGUGGAGCUGAGCCCCGGUGCAGGCGGUAUGGUCAGUAAAGGUGACAACUCGAGCAGCGGUGACUCCUCCAGCUCGGACUGCUCCGACUCGGAGGAGGAGCGGGCCUCCCGGCUCGCCGAGCUGCAGGAACAGCUAAAGGCUGUCCACGAACAGCUUGCCGCGCUCUCUCAGGCCCCUGUGAGCAAACCGAAGAAGAAAGACAAGAAGGAGAAAGACAAGAAGAAGAAAGACAAGGACAACAAGCACAGCAAAACCAAGACGGACGAGGAGAAGAAGGCCAAGUCUGGGCAGACUGCCAAGCAGGGCCAGCAGAAGAAACCCUCCAGGAAAGCCAACAGCACAGUGACUGGCUCCAGGCAACCAAAGAAGGGGGGCCGGGGCUACGAGUCUGACGAGGAGGAGUCCCUGCCUAUGACGUACGACGAGAAGCGCCAGCUCAGCCUGGACAUCAACCGGCUCCCAGGAGAGAAGCUGGGCCGGGUUGUGCACAUCAUCCAGUCCCGAGAGCCCUCGCUGCGAGACUCCAACCCAGACGAGAUCGAGAUUGACUUUGAGACGCUCAAACCCUCCACCCUACGCGAACUCGAGCGAUACGUCAAGUCCUGUUUACAGAAGAAACAGCGGAAACCCCAACAGAAGGGUGCUGGUACUGGUGCGUCCCGUCUCAGCGGCAGCAGUAGUUCUUCAGAUUCUGGCAGCAGCAGCUCCAGUGGGUCCAGUUCUGACAGCAGUGACUCCGACUGAAAAGCGCAGCCCAAACACUUGCUGGGAACUAUUCAUUUAAAUUUGUACCCUUUUUUAAAGUAAAAUGUUGUAUGCAGUCAGUUGUUUCCCCCUAUAACACUUUAUGAGGAAAAAACAACUAAAUGUAAUGCUAUGUCAGAACAUGUCAAGUGUUUUUUUUUGUAAAUACCUUUGUGGAAAGAAAAAGGAAAAAACAUGGGAAAUUAGAGAUGACUUGACAGGGUUCUUUUUGUUUCCUCUACCUUUUCAAGGGGGAUGUGUUAAAAACCGACCAAACAUGAAACGAGGAUUUUGUAAUACACUCUUGGAUGAAUGCCAGAUGUCUUUUCAUUUCUCCUAAUACCAUCAUCAACAAAGUGAAGGAGUUGCAUAGUUACCAAAAUGCAGCAGAACCCCAUGUCCUCCUUGUCCCAUCACUGCUACAUAAGCAAUCAUUUGCCCAGCGGGUACUGUAACUGUCCUAUUCAAUUACUUUCAUCAACAAAUGUUCAAAACUUCUCAUCCAGCUUAGUUUUUUUUUUUACCCUUUUGGAAUAGGCCCAUAUGUGGAUUUUGAGUUGUCACUCUUCUAAUCAUUCGACUUUGUACAAAAAUGAUUUGUAAUUAUUGUUUUAAAUUGAACGUUUUAUUUAACUAGGCAAGAACAAAUGGUUAUUUACAAUGAUGGCCUACCGGGUUAACUGCCUUGUUCGUGGCAGAACAACUGAUUUUUACAUUGUCAGCUCGGGGUUUGGAUCCAGCAACCUUUCGGUUACUAGCCCAACGCUCUAACCACUAGGCUACCUGCCUCCCCCAAGUACUGAACCUCCUUUGCCUCCGAGUGACACAUUUCAGAUUAUUCUGAGCAAUCAUGUUGGUCGUCUUCAGCAGCAUAUACAGCCCAAUUGAAUGGUAUUGCUGUUAUUCUUUUACUCUAUCAUAACUGACAUGGUCUCUUAUUUUUGAACCCGGCAAUAUAUCAAGUUUUAGCUCAAAUGUAUUUUAGUAGCUGGUCUGAGUGGUUAUGAAAGAACAUUUUAACUUAUAGAAUUUAGAUAUUUACAGAUGCUUUUGGUCAGAAGAAAUGGCAAUACAAUAAUUCGCUCAACAGUUUGAUUCGUUACUCCCAACAUGACAACCACUAGGUAUGGUGGCCUCUCCUGUACAUGUCUUUCCUGGCCAGCCUCUUGCUUGAUCUACGAUUCUCACUGAUGAAUGUACUGUGUGUAUGAUGCCCUGAAUGAUUGUGUUCCACCAGGUCAGUGACAUUGUGUACAUCACUGCUUUAUAUAUGAUGGGACGGCUAAAACUGUACAUAACUGACCUGUGUACAUUUUCAGUACACUGGCGUAGGAGCAAGUCUUUCACUUUUGACUCUAUUGCAAAGUGCACCUGCUGUCUGUUGGGUCUCUAUUCCAAACAGCAGUGCCCUGAUCUUUUUCUCUGUCCAAAGUAAUGACAUAAACAAUGAAAGCAGGACAAUAUUGUGAACUGUGGGGUUUUCUCUGAAGUGCGGGGUAUUGAUUUGAAUGUAAGUCGUUACCACCAGGUAAUUUGUUUUAUUGUGACUAAAUGCCACCGCCUCUCAUUAUAGUCUUCAGUUCUUUUUUUUCUCCGUCAACUCAUCUUUUAUUUUUAUCUCAGAGAACAAAGAGUUAUGUAUUCAUUUAAGAAUAUCCCUCAUAUUCCAACCCUGUAAGAAUGCAUUUUAUUAUUUCAUGAAGUCUGUCUGAACGAUUUGCCUAAUGUACAAUUUCUGGUCUGUUUUUUUCUAGAAUUGGUUCAAAAUAACAUUUAAGCCAUUUUGGAUUUAAUUUACUGUUAAUAAGUUGAUACAUUUAAAGAUUUAGUCAUAUGCAUUGUUAUUUUAAGCUAUGGUGGAAAUAUUUCUUUGAUUUUGUGGUAAUGUCCUUCAUACCAGGUUGUACUUAAUUGCAAAAAUCCCCAAAUGAUGUUGAAUGCAUUUCUCUGCCUAUACCAAUGUUCUCCAGUACAGGCCCUAUCAGGUUUUUCUAAGAAUUAUGUCUUUUAGAAGUGAAAGACUGAAAAUAUAAAUGUAUAGAUAUAUAUUCAACUUUUAGUUUAUUUCUAGGCCCAGGUCAAAAUAUUAUAAUCGUUCCUUUUAUAUUUUAAAAAGCAAAUGUUUACUUUUUAUCCUUGAUGUGCAUGCAAGUUUAUUGUAACUUUCUUAUACCUUUUUUGAGCUGUUUAUUUCAGUCAUCGAAACAAAUAAGUUCUGUGUAAGUAGUUUUAGUCUUGUUUAAUGCAAUAUGGGCCUGAGUGGGUGGGAUUUGGGGACUGGAGGUAGAAGCUAACAUUUCAUGUAACCGCUAACCUGGAAUCAGGAUCCAUUUUUUUGUGUGUGUAUGUAAAUAAAUUACAAGACCCUACUGAA